AUGCCCGAAGGAGACAUGUCAAGUGUUGCGCAGGGCGCUGGCAACAACUCGAGCGAUUUCGUGAGUAAUCUUGCAUUGCAUCCUACAUCUGCAACUGUACAGUCGCGGAUGAUGCUUGAAGAUCCAGCUUAUAGUGAAGUGGUAAGAUGGGGCGACCAAGGUGACAGUUUCGUUGUCUUAGAAAACGAGAAGUUUACCAAAACGAUACUGCCAAAACAUUUCAAGCACAGUAACUUUGCGAGUUUCGUGCGGCAGCUGAACAAGUACGAUUUUCAUAAAGUGCGACAUAAUGAAGAAAAUGGGCAGUCUCCUUACGGGGCGUCGGCGUGGGAGUUCAAGCAUCCCGAGUUUCGAGCAGAUAGGAAGGAUAACUUAGAUAAUAUUCGGCGAAAAGCACCGGCUCCAAGGAAGGCUCAAAAUGCGGAAGAACAGUUUUCUGUACAGAGCCAGCAAGUCGUUGUUCUUUCUGAAACGUUAGCAGCGACACAACAACAGGUUCAACAGCUACAAGAAUCUUAUUAUGAAAUCAUCGGCGCAAAUAAAAUUUUUGUCGAUGAGAUUUUGCAUCUGCAAAAGCUCGUCAAGGCACAGCACCAAGUACACAACGAGCUCAUCAGCCAUCUGAGUAAGCUAGAAGAAAGGAGGGACACUCGCUCAUCCAAUCACUCGACGCCAGGAUACAACUCAAACCAGAACCUGAUGUCAGAUGGCUCAGAGUCACCUAUGGAACUACGCCGGGCUCGUGAUAUUCUCAAUGGGCUUUCAGUAGACCAUGUCGCAGACAGAGACCUAAAUAGAAUGUCAGUUGCAUUCCACCAAGCAGGCGGGUCUCCAGAAUCUGUGGGAUCUUCCUCGAUGAUGGGACCUCCAGGUGCGGCUGGUGUAACGCCUUUCCUGCAUGAUCCUCUUAGCGAUAUGCGGCAUCUCGUCUAUCCUGUGGGCCAGAACAUUGGUAUCGAUCCAUUCGCCCCUGAGCACAUGAACAACAUCCCAUACAACCGGCCUGGCGGGGACAAUGGCAUGCCCCCAACUUCUGAUUUUAAUUCAGCGCCAUCCAUGGCCGCCAAUACGCCACCAGGUUUACAGGGCUCUUCGUCGCCCUGGGGAUCUAAAAAGCCGGUUGUUCUUCUCGUUGAAGAUGACCGAACCUGUGCUCGAAUCGGCUCCAAAUUCUUAUCGCAGCAUGAUUGUGGUGUCGAGGUUGCGCGCGAUGGUCUUGAAGCUGUAAACAAAGUUAGCGGCAGACAACAGCCCUAUGACCUUAUUUUCAUGGAUAUCGUUAUGCCCCAGCUUGACGGUGUUUCUGCUACCGCCAUGAUUCGUGAUAUGCAGCCUAAUACACCGAUUAUUGCCAUGACGUCUAAUAUCAACCAGCAAGAUCUAGAGAUGUAUUUCCAGUGGGGAAUGCGAGACGUGUUAGCAAAGCCUUUCACGAAAGAAGGCAUGAUUGGCAAGCUGAGGAGACAUCUCGCUGGUAUGUUGCGGAACCCUCCAGAGGGUCUGCUGGAUCCGAUGUAUCCCAAUGGAGGUCCUGCCCAACCCCAGUCGCAAGGGCCAUACUCAAACCAAGGUAUGGGAAUGGCUCCGCUUUCCGCGACGUCCUCUGGUCCCGUCACCAAGUUUGACACCACGCCGAUACAGUCGCCCGCUACGAGUAGCUCAUGGCACUCGCCAAGUCAGCUGCCCCAUCCAUCACCAACUAUUGCUCAAGAGCAUGGGGGCUACUUGGCGGCCGGAAGCGGCUCUCAGAUGGUGCUCACCCCAGGGGGCACCCAAAAGCCUCAAUAUCCUGGGGCUAUGAUGUCUCAAAUGACAGCAUCUCAACGUAUGCCGCUCGACGGACCUCCGGAGAAACGGCAACGCUUAUAUGGCCCCUCGGGUAACUAUAAUCAAUAA